CUCACAUCCACGACUCACGCACAUGCAAAUGCACAUGCAGUGAUGACACCGCCUCAGAGCCAUCACAAGCGCAGCGCAUAGACUGUCGUCCUCACAUGUACUUUUUCACUUCACUCACUUCGAGCAUGUGAUCCUAGUCGCUACGUGUGGACUGCAUCGUCGGACUCCCGUCUUCGCUUCGCAUGCAGGUACCUUGGAGACAGCCAUAACGCAUCAACCUCGUGCGCCAUUGCUCUGGAAGUAUGGCAAAGCGCGAGAGGGCAGGCUCGAUGUCUGAUGGAGCACGUUCUCCGGAUCUACCAGAAGAGGAGGAAGCCCAUACACCCAAGUAUGUCGAGCUUGCAGAGCCAGAGCAGGCCCCUGCAAAAGCAAUGCAAUGUCUACUGCCGCCUCACAAGCCGCUGAGUUUUGCAGCUUACAACGACUAUGAAGCCCACUACUAUCAGUCGCAUACCAACAGAUGCCGGGAAUGUCAGAAGAAUCUGCCCACGCCGCACUUUCUGGAAUUGCACUUGUCGGAGAAUCACGACCCCAUAGUAGCGGCGAAGCGUGACAGGGGCGAAAAGACAUUCGCGUGCUUUGUCGAGGGCUGCGAGAAGGUCUGCUCGGAAUGGCAGAAGCGCAGGUCGCACCUAGUCGACAGACAUGGAUUCCCGAGGAACUACGACUUCUUCAUUGUCAACAACGGCAUAGAUGGGAGACGGAGUAUGCUGCGGCCUGGCGUCGAUGCCCAAGGUCACCGCAAG